AUGUUCGGAUUCGCGGAAUAUUCCCUAGCUGCAGCUGUAACAAAAGCCGGAGGCCUCGGCUUCAUCGGUGGUGGGUUUGAUUUUACCACAGAGUCAGCACAACUCACGAGCCUGAAUAAUCAACUUGAAAAAGCACGUUCAGAACUGGGAGAUAUCCCUUCCACAGGCAAUCUCCCUAUUGGUGUCGGUUUUAUUACCUUUCAGCCUGCAGGUUUUAUUGAAAACGCUAUUCCGAUCCUGAGGAAGCACCGAGUUGUGGCCGUCUGGUUAUCUUUUCCGGAAUCUGACGAAGACCAUCUUCCUAUUAUAGACGCUAUUCGUCAAGCUCGGACGCAAUCCAAUUGGGAUGUCCGAAUCUUUGUGCAAGUGGGGACCGUCCAGGCAGCCAGAAAUGCCACGCAGCAGAGCGCGGACGUCAUUGUCGUGCAAGGCUCCGAUGCGGGAGGGCAUCAGUGGGCACAGGGAGCCAGUUUACUGUCACUUUUACCCGAGGUGCGAGACGCGAUCGAGGAUUCUGAGGCUGCAUCGCGUACUGCAAUCCUAGCAGCUGGUGGGAUUGUCGAUGGCAGGGGCUGUGUUGCGGCGCUUGGGCUUGGCGCAGACGGUGUAGUCAUGGGAACUAGAUUCAUUGUAACUGCUGAAUGUCCAGCUCCAUCUCAUUUUAAAGAGACAAUUCUGUCCAGUAAUGAUGGGGGUGUCUCGACGGUCAAGUCCACUCAGCAUGAUGUUUUCCAAUCAACCGAUGUCUUCCCUAGACAAUAUGAUGGAAGAGCCAUCAUAGGUAUCAGCUACAAAGAGGCUGAAUCUGGUCUUAGCCAAGAGGAAAUCAUCAAGCGCUACAAAAACGCGACUGAGCAAAAAGAAGACUACCGACGGACAGUAUGGGCUGGCGCCAGCGUUGGUGUCAUUAACGAAUUGCUAACUGUUUCCGAUCUCAUCAAAAAUGUCCAGAAGGAGGUUAAGUCCACGCUGGACAGGGUCGCCCGGAGAAUCUAG